AUGAGCAAUUCUUCAAUCUUGUUAGCUGUCAACAUUAUGAUAGCUUUGAUUUUGUCAUGUGGAUCGAAAAUGGCUGAAUCUCGAGCUUUCUUCGUGUUUGGCGACUCCAUUGUGGACAAUGGCAAUAACAAUUUUUUGAUCACCACAGCUCGAGCUGACUCGCCACCUUAUGGAAUCGAUUUUCCCACUCAUCGACCCACCGGCCGAUUUUCUAAUGGCCUGAAUAUUCCUGAUCUCAUAAGUGAACAAAUGGGAAUAGAUUCUCCAUUGCCAUACUUGAAUCCAGCCUUGAAUGGUCGACAGUUGCUUAAUGGUGCCAAUUUUGCCUCUGCUGGUGUUGGGAUUCUCAAUGACACUGGAAUCCAAUUUGUGAACAUAAUCCGUAUAUACAAGCAACUGAAGCUUUUCCAGCAUUAUCAGCUAAGAGUGAGUACUCUAAUUGGAGCUGUGGAAACCCAGAGACUUGUAAAUGAAGGACUUGUUCUAAUUUCCCUGGGAGGCAAUGAUUUUGUCAAUAAUUACUAUUUAGUGCCAUUUUCUCCGAGGUCUCGUCAAUUUUCUCUCCCCGAUUACGUCGGAUACCUCGUCUCUGAAUAUCGAAAAAUUCUUACGAGGCUACAUGAUGUGGGUGCGAGACGGGUGAUGGUUACGGGAACGGGACCGAUGGGAUGCGUUCCGGCAGAAUUAGCGAUGAGAAGUCCUAACGGAGAGUGUUCGGUUGAACUACAGCGAGCUGCAGGGUUAUACAAUCCACAAUUGGUGGAAAUGUUAAAUGGACUGAACAGGGAGCUGGGGGAAGAUGUGUUUGUUGCUACAAAUGCUUUUGAUAUGCACAUGAACUUCAUUAAUUCCCCUCAAGCUUACGGAUUUACUACGUCAAGAAUAGCAUGCUGUGGACAAGGAGCAUAUAACGGGAUAGGAUUAUGUACGCCAGCGUCAAACCUGUGUCCAAACAGGGAUUUGUAUGUUUUCUGGGAUCCAUUUCAUCCGUCUGAGAAGGCUAAUAGAAUCUUGGUGCAGCAAAUGAUGACUGCCUCUACAAAGUAUAUGCACCCUAUGAAUCUAUCCACCAUCCUCGCCUUGGAUGCCACUACAAACAAGAACCCUUAA